GCCCCAAAGUGUUCCAAGCAAAAUAUCAUUUUCAUAGUAUAAAUUCAGGAGUUUAGUAAUUGAGAAAAUAGCCAUUUAUAUGUUAAUGCUAGUUGAGAAAAGUAUGAAGUCUUAGUAAAAGAUAUCUGUGGAAGCAAGUCACAGACCUAAAGAUAGCAUUCUUCGUUGGAUGAAAUUGAUGAUGAGUGUGCCUGGACUAUCCCAGAGAGGAAUAUAACCAGAGGAUAGUUUUAGAAUUCUAGAGAUAUUCACAGAGAUAGAAAGAUAUUAUAUCUGAACUAUCCUUAUCCAUUUCCUUACACUUUUGAUCAUCCAAGUUACCGCCAUGAAUGAGGGACCAGAAAAUUCAAGCAACUAUGAAUACUUCAAUGAUUAUAGUGCCAUUCCUACCAGUACGGAUUAUUUCUUUGGUGAUGGAGUGCUUUGUUUUAUGGGGGAUGUCAGAAACUUCACAAUGUAUUUUUUACCAAUUGCAUACUCCUUUAUCUGUGUCUUUGGCCUUCUGGGGAACAUUUUAGUGGUGAUCACCUUUGCUUUCUACAAGAAAGCCAAAUCCAUGACUGAUGUCUAUCUCUUUAAUAUGGCCAUAGCAGACAUAUUAUUUGUUCUUACUCUUCCAUUCUGGGCUGUAAAUCAUGCUACAGAUUCAUGGAAAUUUAGCAACAUUAUGUGCAAACUGACUACAAGUAUAUAUGCCAUCAACUUUAACUGUGGAAUGCUUCUCUUAACUUGUAUCAGCCUGGACCGAUACAUUGCUAUUGUACAGGCAACCAAGUGUUUUAGGCUUCGAACACGGACAUUAGCAUACAAGAAGAUGAUCUGUCUGAUGGUGUGGCUCUUCUCAAUCAUAAUCUCUAGCUCAACUUUUAUAAUCAACCAAAAAUACACAAUACAGGGGAGGGAGGUAUGUGAAGCCAAAUACCACGUGACGUCCAAGGCAGUCAAAUGGAAAAUACUCACUUUGUCUCUUCAACUUCUUUUUGGUUUCUUUAUUCCUUUGAUGUUCAUGAUAUUCUGCUACAUGUUCAUUGUCAAAACUUUAGUGCAGGCUAACAAUUCUAAGCGGCAUAAAGCCAUUCGGGUGAUUAUUGUGGUGGUCCUCGUUUUUUUGGUCUGCCAAGUGCCCCAUAACAUGGUUCUUCUGGUGGUUGCUAACAAUACAGGUCGGCAAAGAUCCUGCAGUGAUGAGAAGCUCAUAGCUUAUACAAGGAGUGUCACAGAAGUUCUGGCUUUCCUGCACUGCUGCCUCAACCCAGUACUUUAUGCAUUCAUUGGGCAGAAAUUUAGGAAUUACUUUCUGAAGAUUAUGAAGGAUCUAUGGUGUGUGGGCAGGAAAUAUAAAUCAGCAGGCUUCUCUUGCUCUAAGAUCUAUUCUGAAAGCUACAUUUCUAGACAGACUAGUGAAACCUUUGAGAAUGAGAAUGCUUCAUCUUUUACUAUGUAGUGUACUGUGCUUAAAAUAAUCACAACAGAUUUUAGAAAACUAUGUCAAAGAAUUUUCUUAUCAUCCAUAGCAUAGUCACUUCUAGAUUGUUUGGAAGUAGUAGAAGAACAGCAUGGAUCACUGAAAACUGCAAAAAAAAAAAUAGAAACUAAAACACCUCUAACUAUUUUUAGUCAAUAGGUCAAAAACUCUUACCUAAAUAAAUCUCUUUCAAGCUUGAACUUCCAUCUCUUUAAUUCCUCUACCUACUCUCAAGCAUUUCAGUGAAGUUAAAUAAUCAUAAAACAGGCAGUAGGAAUUGAGAAGCAAGCAACUUAGAAUAGCUAAGCUAGGAAAAUGUCUCUUUGUGGAAUAAGAAGUGGUUAUGUUAACAGAAAUUCAUUAAAUAUUAGAUGGAGAGUGAGAAGAAACUUUAGAAGAUAUCUAGCCCAACCCAGUAAUAUAAAAGUAUGGAUAUUGAGAAUCUGAGUGAUUAAGAUACUUGCCUACUUUACAUAGGCAAUACAUUUUAGAACUGGUAUUUGAACCCAGAUUCUUUUCCAAAGUAGUUCAGGAAUCUCUGUGAAAAAAAUAGUCAAUAUUGUAGUGGACUGAAAAAAAGCUAAAACUAAAAAAAAUCUACAAAAAUCCAAAAAAACUGGUAAAGAAAUCUCUACCUUUUGUGGUUGGUAUCUAUUUUAUAAGCAAUUAGGAAAUCGACUAAUAUUACUACUUUUUAAAAAACAACUUAUGUUGCAAUAGUUUUUUUUUUAACCUCACUUUUACAAUUAGUGAACUUUUCUGAGGCAGAGUAGAAACAGCUUUUAUUUCCUCUAUGUUACAUAGUAGAAAGACUGGGGAAUUCUGAUUAUUUACUCUCAAUUUAUUUACUCAGUUAAUCAUUAUAUAUGCAGUAUUUGACUUCUUAAUGAUUCUUUAAAUGAUCUGACUUUGAAAGAGAGGUUUGCUCUGAUAUAUUUUCAAUUACUCUUUCUACCAUGUCUGAGAAAUUACAUAAUCCAGAUGUUUUCUUAAAGUAGCAUGUAGAUACAGAAUAAUCAUUGGGAAAUAAAAAAAAACAAUAGUCUAUAUAAAAAAUAUUGAAAUAUGUAUCAAUGAAGAAUGCUUCACAAAAUACUAGAUUGCAUUUAUAGCCCUUUUCUAAGGUGAUGUCUAAAGAUUAAAGAAAUGUAUAAUUACACAAGAGGUUUAUAAAAUAAAAUCUUAUCACACA